AGCCAGCCAAUCAGAGGAGAGCUGCGUCUCCUGGACGAGCACGUCGUUACGUUGCUAGGAUGGCGAGAACGCGCACGUACGUUCAUGCAGGAUAUUCUGGCUACGUGCUGAUGAAGCUUUCCAAGAACAGCAGCUAGCAUGAAGCGAGGAGACUUCAUUCAUUGUCUGUUCAGACUGACAUUUGUUUGAGGCAAAGCUCUACAAAAAAACGCAACAAUGCCACUCACACCUCUGGUUUACUGGGCUCAACGCCAUGAAGAGGUUUACCUGCGAGUGGAGCUGACAGACGCUCAGAAUAUUGAAGUCCACGUACAUGAAAAAGUGCUUCGGUUUAGAGCCCAGGGCCAUGGUGCAAAGGGACAAAAUGAAUAUGAGUUCAGCUUGGAGUUCCUUUUACCAGUAAAGUCAGAGGUGAGCAACAGGUCCACGCAGCGGCAGGUGAAUAUUACAUUGCAGAAAGAGCAGCGAGGCUGGUGGGAAAGACUGACGCAACAGGAGCGCAAACCAGUCUUCUUGGUGCCGGACUUUGACCGCUGGCUGGAUGAGUCAGACGCUGAGAUGGAGAUCCGGGAAAAGGAGGAGAAAAGAAACCGCCUGAAGGCUUCAAGGCAUGAAGAGGAAGGGUUUGUCAGCAUGAAAACAGGAUAUUUGUUCCUAUAUAACCUGGUGCAGUUUCUUGGUUUCUCAUGGAUCUUUGUCAACAUGACCGUGCGGCUCUUUAUCUUUGGCCAAGAUUCUCUCUACGACACAUUUCACACCAUAUCGGACGUGAUGUUCUUCUGCCAGAUCCUGGCAGCAGUAGAGGUCCUCAACGCUGCUUUUGGUGUAGUACGGACAGGUGUUAUUCCAACUGUUAUACAGGUGGUUGGAAGGAAUUUUAUCCUCUUCAUCAUUUUUGGUAGUUUGGAAGAAAUGCACAACAAGCCAGUUGUGUUCUUCGUUUUCUAUCUGUGGAGCGCCAUUGAGAUUUUUAGGUAUCCUUUUUACAUGCUGGGCUGUUUCAAUACAGAGUGGAAAACUCUCACAUGGCUGCGCUACACAAUCUGGAUACCACUGUACCCAUUAGGUGUUCUAGCUGAAGCUGUUGCCGUGAUACAAUCCAUUGCCAUCUUUGACGAGACCAAACUCUUCAGCAUUCCUCUGCCGAAAGCCGUCGGUAUCUCCAUCAGCUUCUCUCACGUCCUGCACAUCUAUCUUGUCCUCAUGUUUCUCGGACUUGUUAUCAACUUCCGUCAUCUUUACAAGCAGAGGAAGAGGCGUUUCCGUACCAAAAAGAGGAAAGCAAAUUGAGAUAUAGUUCCAACAACACUCCUCAAACACCUUUGCUGCCUGCUUAUUUCUGGAUAAAAUGUUUUAAAUGAUGCUCAUAAACCAUGCUCCAGUCAUAUCAGAUAUCAUCUAGUUUUUGUUAUGAGGAAGUUGUUAUUCUUUUCCACGGCCUGUUUGCGCUCACUAAAAUAUUUUCAUUUCUGGUCAACAUGAACAGAUGAUGCAAUAUUUCAUCAUUGCAUUGACGUCUCAUUUACUGGUGAUUGAUUUCUCUUAGAUGUAAGUUUGUAUUUUGUAGAUAAGUGGAGCUAAAAUAAGCCAUAGUACAUACUUGAUAUCCUGUGUUAUGUGGUUUCUUUAUCCUUUUAAUCUUGGUUGAGAAUUGAGAUACAUUUGAAUUUGAGUUUGGUUAAAAUGACCUGUGGUUUGUGUAUGUAUGAAGAAAGUGACCACGUUCUCAACAAAUACUGUAUUCGUUAUCAUUCCAGAUUUCUGAACCGUCCCACAAAUCUCAGGGGAAAUUACACUGGCGAUUGCUAAGAUACAGAAAGCAUUUAUGUCCCUUCUGCUCAAUAAUAACCAGCUACUUAGAAUUUAUAUCCCUUCCUCGCUCUGUUUAAUUAUUUUGACAGAAUUUCACAGGUUUCCUGUAAAUGUUGUUUGACACUGAAUAAAAAUUUGUAUCUGG